AUGUCGACCGAAGCUACCCCUCCGCGCAAACCAAUGCCGUCUGCUUUGAAGUUCGAUUUACACAAGAAAUGCUCAACCACCAAAGCGCGCGCUAGCACCCUCACCCUUCCCCAUGGCUCGGUGCCUCUCCCCAUCUUCAUGCCGGUUGCGACGCAGGCGUCUCUCAAGGGGCUUACCUAUGACCAACUGAAACAAACGGGCUGUAUGCUCUGCCUGAAUAAUACAUACCAUCUGGGAUUGAAACCGGGGCAGGAGGUUCUCGAUGCAGUGGGCGGGGCACAUAAACUGCAAGGAUGGGACCGGAAUAUUUUGACAGAUAGCGGCGGCUUUCAGAUGGUUUCUUUGUUGAAGCUUGCGAAAGUCACCGAGGAGGGUGUUCGCUUCCUCAGCCCCCAUGAUGGUACUCCCAUGCUCCUUACCCCAGAACACUCCAUCUCGCUACAGAAUUCCAUCGGCUCCGAUAUCAUCAUGCAGCUAGACGACGUGAUUGCAACAACCUCGCCAGAUCAUGCCAGAAUCCACGAGGCUAUGGAACGUUCCGUACGUUGGCUGGACCGGUGUAUCGAUGCGCACAAAUAUCCGGAAAGACAGAAUCUUUUCUGCAUCAUACAGGGCGGCCUGGAUCUCGAGCUUCGGAAGCAGUGCUGUGAAGCGAUGGUGGCACGAGAUACCCCUGGAAUUGCCAUUGGAGGUCUAUCUGGCGGCGAAGCGAAGGAAGAGUUUUGCAAAGUGGUGGAUACGUGCACCGGACUUCUCCCAGAGCACAAACCAAGAUAUGUGAUGGGAGUGGGGUAUCCGGAGGAUCUGGUUGUGGCCGUUGCUCUCGGCGCAGACAUGUUCGAUUGCGUAUGGCCCACAAGAACAGCACGAUUUGGAAAUGCGGUUGUCCCUUCGGGCACCCUGAACCUCCGCAACAAGGCCUUUGCCGAAGACUUUGGGCCCAUCCAGGAAGGAUGUACAUGCUCCUCUUGUCGUCCCAGAGAACAGGGUGGUCUCGGAAUCACCAGGGCCUAUCUGCAUCACCUGGCCGCCAAAGAGACCGUGGGAGCCCAUCUCCUCACCAUUCACAAUGUUCACUACCAAUUGUCCUUGAUGGGUGCAGCUCGUCAAGCCAUUCUCGAGGAUCGAUACCCAGCGUUCCUGCGCGAGUUCUUCGACAAUCUCUACGGCGACAAGACGAAAUUUCCGGAAUGGGCCGUCAAUGCGCUACGUGGUGUUGGAGUUGACUUGCUGGCUGACUAG